CGGAAUGAAAUCCAAAUCAAUUAGAUUAUCAUGACAUCUGUUUACCCUGUAAAUUCUGUUGCCUACACUACUAUCCUUACCAUAGUAGCCUCGACCAAGAUCUUUCGUGCUGUAGUCGAUGUGAAGUUUAAACCAACUUUUGCUACAAAACAUAACAAAACAGCGACACCAGGCAAGUCACCAAACCCAUCAAAACCACGGAACCACACUCACCACAAGAACCGCAGCAUGCGUCUACACUCGCCCCUCGCCCCUCUCACCUUCCUCCUCACCCUGUCACUCCUCCCAUCAUGCGCCCUCUCUUGCUCAAUAAUCCGCUACAUGUCCAUAAUACGUACCAGACCCGACGGCACAACCCACAAUGAUUGGUACUGGCCCGUCGAUAUCCUCGGUUUUCUGAUUAUAAUUAUGCUUACUACAACGUUAGCAAAUUCCAACUUGAGAGCACAUUUGGGAGGGGAUCAGUUAAGCGGCAGAAAACCUGCUCGACACCGGGUUGGCGAGGAAGAAGAGCUGCCGUGGAAGGGCUUGAAAUAGGAAGAUGUGAGAUAUUUUGAGGAUAAAAGGGCGAAAGGAAGGGGUUGAUGAGAUACUGUAGCUUCUGGGAGAACAGUAUUUGGUGCAUCCUGGGACUUUCGACGUCGAAUUGCGGCCGAAGUUCGGAUUCAGAGAAGGUGCUGGUUGAGCGGUUGUCCUGGUCUCGUAAUCGCGCUAUUCGGGAGUAAGUUUUGACGAACAGGAGCUU